CUAUACAAGCUCCCCAUCAGUGAACGGCAAGCUCAAUUCCAAUGGCUUCCUGCAAUACUCUUUGCCAACAUCUACAACUUCGGAUGUCUCUCCAUUAUACUCACGCAGUUCAUCGUCUGGCCUCUCGCGCUCUUACCACUGACGAAGAACCUCUAUGACGAUAUCAUCGACUGGACUAAGGGCAGCUUCGCUCUUCUGUGCAUGUGCGUUAUACAGUGGUUCGCCCCUGUUGAACUCGUGAUCACUGCGGACGAGGGGAUGAAUUUGGAUGCUAUAUGCGUCAGGAACGACAAGGGGGAAGUGGUUGAGCUCCGCCUACCCCAGAAGUUCGUAUGUAUCGCCAACCACCAAUGCUACCUCGACUGGAUGUACCUCUGGUGCGCCCUCUACUUCGCCCAUGCCCAUCAGCACAUCUAUAUUAUCCUCAUGGAUCGAUUCAAGUGGAUCCCCGUCCUCGGGUGGGGGAUGCAGUUCUACAGGUUCAUAUUCAUCACUCGGAGCUGGGCUGCUGAUCGGGUAUAUCUGGCACGCAAGUUACUCGAGCUAGGGAAACAUGCGAUCAAGGCUGCGCAGCCGUUUGUUCUCCUGAUCUAUCCAGAGGGGACCUUGGUAAGCGACGAGACACGCGCGAAAAGCAGGCAAUAUAGCGAGAAAGCAGGGAUUGCAGAUAUGGUCAACAUGUUGCUCCCACGCUCGACAGGGCUGCUCUUCUCCCUGCGGACGCUCGCACCAUCUAUCCCUAACCUUGCUGUGGUAGACUUCACAGUCGGCUAUGCUGGAAUUCCUCCCGCCGGAUAUGGGCAAGACUUUUAUACCCUCCGAUCUGUGUUCUUUAACGGCAUCUCACCACCGACACUGCAUUUGCAUAUACGGAUGUGGCAGGCUAAGGACCUCCCUCUGGGAGACAUGUCCGACAGUGCAACCCGAGGCGCCGAAGCGAGCCAAGAAGAGAAGGACAUGUUUGAUCGAUGGCUGCUAGACCGGUGGCGGGAGAAGGACAGGUGGAUGGAUGGGUUCUACAAGACGGGCGAGUUUUCCAAUUCACAAGGACGGUAUACGCGCACACUGGAGGUCAAGAACCCGUGGGCGAUCGCGCAGGCGUUCUCGUAUGGCGUGCCGGUGAUUACGGGGUGGUUGCUGUACAGAACUUUCGCUUGA